AUGAAGCCGUCGGCCGGGAUCCGCGUCUAUCGAUGCAGUGAUGCGCAAGAUCCGAUGCGGGACCCUACACUAAAACCCCCCGACCCUUCCCCCUUCUGCUCGUCAACUUACCCGCUAAGGGCCAAGAUCCGCGCCGCCGCCGUCGUCGCCGCCGCUGCUCCUGCGGCCCAAAAGUCGCCUCCUCCACCCGGGAUUUCGCAGCUCUUGCGACUAGGCCACCCGGAAGGAAACCUCCUCCGGUAG